AUGGAUCUUGAGUUCUUCCAGGACCUUAACAACGCUACAAAGCAAACACUCUGGUCUCUAAGGUAUUCAAAAACAGCCAUAAUUAUGGUCACAGCGACAGAGUCCAGGAAAUGGCGAAAGACUGUCGUGCAUCUGGAAAUAUAUCUCGACCUCUCGGAGUCACGAAGGAAGUCGGGAGGUGGUGGAGUCGGGGAGGUCGUGGAGUUCGGGAGGUCGAGGAGUCGGGAGGUCGGUGAGUCGGGAGGUCGUGGAGUGAGUCGGGAGGUGGUGGAGUCGGGAGGGUCGUCGGGAGUCGGGAGUCGGGAGGUCGGUGAGUCGGGAGGUCGUGGAGUCAGGGAGUCGUGGAGUCGGGAGUCGGGAGGUCGUGGAGUCGGGAGGUCGUGGAGUCGGGAGGUCGUGGAGUCGGAGUCGUGGAGUCGGGAGGUCGUGGAGUCGGAGUCGGGAGGUCGUGUCGGGAGGUCGUGGAGUCGGGAGUCGUGGAGUCGGGAGGUUCGUGGAGUCGGGAGGUGUCGUGGAGUCGGGAGGUCGUGGAGUCGGGAGGUGGUGGAGUCGUGGAGGUCGGGAGGUUUCGUGGAGGUGUCGUGGAGUCGGGAGGUCGUGGAGUCGGGAGGUCGUGGAGUCGGGAGGUCGUGGAGGUCGGGAGGUCGGGAGUCGGGAGGUGGUGGAGUCGGGAGGUCGUGGAGUCGGGAGGUCGUGAGUCGGGAGGUCGUGGAGUCGGGAGGUCGAUGGAGUCGGGGAGGUCGUGGAGUCGGGAAGGUCGUGGAGUCGGGAGGUCGGGAGUCGGGAGGUCGUGGAGUCGGGAGGUGGAGUCGGGAGGUGGUGGAGUCGGGAGGUCGUGGAGUCGGGAGGUCGGGGAGUCGGGAGGUGGUGGAGUCGGGAGGUGGUGGAGUCGGGAGGUCGUGGAGUCGGGAGGUCGUGGAGUCGGGAGGUCGUGGAGUCGGGAGGGUGGAGUCGGGAGGUGGUGGAGUCGGGAGGUCGGUGAGUCGGGAGGUGGUGGAGUCGGGAGGUGGUGGAGUCGGGAGGUCGUGUGAGUCGGGAGGUGGUGGAGUCGGGAGGGGUCGUGGAGUCGGGAGGUCGGUGAGUCGGGAGGUCGUGGAGUCGGGAGUCGGGAGUCGUGGGAAGUUCGGGAGAGUCGGAGUGUCGGGAGUCGGGAGGAACAAGGGUCUGGUUCACAGAAAGUGGGUAUGUUUUUACAGCGUAAAUAUUGUGGUUAUGGGCAGACUGGCUAACAUUGGAAUAUCAGUGAUAAAAGCAGCUACGCACAUAGUGAUUAAGAAUCAGCAUUUCCUAAGGAUCAAUUUAAGUAUAAACAUGGCACAUUUAUUCAUGAAGACAAGAAUAAAAGCAUGA